AUGCGCUCAGUUCGCAGUUCCCUUGGCGGAAUUUCCUUUACCUCCUCUCCCCCUCCCCCAAUCCCCAAUUGCUUCGAUCUCAAGUCAAGGAAACGCCCAGGCGACCGCCAGCCACUCCCUGUCACGCCCCACACCGCCACAACUGCCUCGAAUUUCCCACACGGUUUGCAGGGCCUUGGGGGUCCCGGCCCACAAGAGAACCAAGGCCUUCCGUCGAAAAUAGCUAAGAUGACUCCCAGUCCUGCGGCUCCUCCAUCCUUUAUCGAAGAACCAACGCCCCGGCAGAUUUCGCCGAACGAAGUCAUUUUCCAGGGUCGAGUACAGGGUGAUCCCCUACCUGAGGUCCGCUGGGCCGUCGACAAUCGUACACUCGUUUCCGGCGGAGAUGUUCAGACAUCCGUCAGCUCAGACGGUGUUUUUUAUCUUCGGCUAAUUAACAUUCAGCCACACGACGCUGGCCGAUAUACAUGCACAGCAUCAAACGAGCAUGGACAAGUAACCACAACAAACGUCCUAUACGUCAAAGACCGUGGACAGCGUCCUAUAUUUAUUGAACCGCUCAAGCCUGUUGAAACCACGGACGGAUCUCCCGUUCUACUCCAGUGCCGCGUCAUUGGAAAUCCGUCACCUUCUAUCUCCUGGUUCCAAAAUCGCCGAGAAAUCAGAUCUUCUGAAGAAUUCCGUAUUAGCUUCAAUCCGACGACUGGCAUAUGCCAACUUGUCAUCGCUGAAGUGUACCCAGAUGAUCAGGGUGUGUACGCCUGUCGGGCAUCAAAUCCCUUUGGAGAGGAUGAAACAACUGCUCCUCUUACGGUUACCGACGUCGAGCUCCUCGAAAGUUGCUCGGACUUGAAUGUUCAGCCGCGUUUUGUCCUACCACUCCAACCCCGAACAGUGUCUGAAGGCGAACCGAUUGAAAUGAAGGUUGAAGUGGUUGCCGUUCCUGCGCCUGCUAUUCAAUGGUUCUUCCACGGUAGGCCCAUUAUAUCAGCUCGAGAUCAUAUGAUUACUGGACAUAAGGGGUGUAAGUCAAAGCUUACCAUUCCAGAGGUAUUUCCUGAGGACGCUGGUCCUUAUGAGGUGUUGGCCUUAAACCCCGCGGGCAGAGCCACCUCAGCCGCUAAUCUGUCGGUAACUGAACAUACAGCGAUGGAUGAGCAGACAGCAACCGCGUCGCACAAGCCGACCUUCGUGCUUCACCUCCAACCGAUCACAGUUACUGAAGGACAAAGAGCCGUUCUGCGGGCCCAGGUCUCCGCGGUUCCUGCAGCGCAAAUCAGUUGGUACCACAAUUACCGCCUUAUCAAACCAUCGAGAGACUUCCAGGUGAUCUCGGAACGUAAUCGAUCUACGCUUAUCGUAAAUGAAGUAUUUCCAGAUGACGAAGGGGAAUUUACCUGUACAGCGGUCAACUCGUUCGGAAUGGCGCAAAGCAAAGCUACACUUGUGGUUGAAAAGAUCGUGUCACCGGAUGACGAGCUGGAAUCUCCACGAAUUCUUAGUCCACUUCAACCGCUAUCGGUUAUGGACGGCAGUGAAGCUAAGUUUAGCGUUGUGAUAUCAGGACACCCUCAACCUAAGGUGACGUGGUUCCAUAACGAUAUCGAAGUCAAAGCCAACGAUGAUAUUUGGAUGACGCAGCGAUCAGACGGAUAUUGCGAGCUCUUCAUAUCGGAAGUGUUCCCCGAGGAUAUGGGCGAGUAUGUAUGUAAAGUAUCUAAUAAAGCGGGAACGGUGUACACUCGUACGACGCUCACCGUUGAGUCAUAUGAAUACGUACCGGAUUCUGAGGUAGCCACUUUUAGCCAGAGUCUUGAUACCACAAUGGAGAGCAUUCACACCGCCUCGCUAAGUUUCUCUGAGGAGCUCGAUACCGACGCGGACUUCUCCAUUGAAAUUCCCGAUCUACCCAUGGACGAACCUCUGUCUACGAGCGAGCUCGCCAAGCUCAGUACAAAACAGAAGCCACCAACAGGUAAACCUCCUCGACACGGGCCAGAAUCACUCCAUGACUCACAACAGCCCCGCCGGAGUGGCAGGCGCGGCGAUAGGCCAAACAGGAGGCCCGACUCCCGUACGAGAACCCCCACGCGUGGCGAACACGAGCACCGACCCAGAAGUUCUCGGAAAGACAAAGACAAGAAACCACUUUGUGGCCACCGGCGAGGCACUCCUGAUUCUUCCCGUCCAUCGAUUUGGUCUCCAACCCGUAAACCAUCCGAUGCUUCAGAGCAUUCGGUAUCCGCUUCGCUAUCCGCCUCGACGCCUGCUGCCCACUCCUGGUCGCCGCGAAGGUCUUCUACGCCUGGAACUGCGGCUAAAUUCGAUGUCCCCCUGGAAGACGUGAUCGUACCACUUGGCCAGCCAGCAACAUUGGACGCGAAAGUGUCUGGUCACCCGCGACCUAAGGUCACUUGGUACAAGAACGGAGAAGUCAUCCGUUGGACACCAGAUUGUCAGAUAUCUUACGAGACUUCGGGUAUCUCUACGCUCACUGUUCAGCGAACGCAGCUCGAUGAUUUUGGCUUCUACGCCUGCGAAUGCAAAAACGCCUACGGAGUUGAUAUGACCGAAUGCGAGCUCGUGCAACUGGACAUGAAGAGCAUGUGUCCGAUACGUAAAGUGCCAAGCCAUGAUCACAAACUGAAAUUGGAUUUUAAGCCCCAAAAACCUAAAUUUGAACGUGAACUCUAUCCAGAGUACGUCAAGCCGCUUGGAACGCCUGUCACGCUCGAAGUGAUUGCUCGAGGAAGACCAAAGCCGACCUUCACCUGGUACUUUAAUUCUACUAAAAUUCGUAUUGGAAGUUCUACCAAAUAUAUAGUGACAGUUUUGAAUGAUCGAUGCAUGCUACAAAUCCUUGAGCUGUCGAAAGAUACGGAAGGCUUGUACACGUGCCGUGCGGUUAAUGAGCAUGGCGAAAGUACGACCACGACGCGCAUUACUAUUGGCGAGUACGAAGAAAUGGUUACACCAAGUCCUAUAGACAGCAUUGGACAACGGCCUCAGGAAGACGUCGUCUCGUCUAUACGAUCUGACGAGUACGUUGAACAUUAUACACCAGCGCUAGGAGAGCAGCUUCAACGACCGACGGAAAUUACCGCAGACGAUUUUGUCAUGCUUCACUACACGGUCGGCACGACUCAAACGACCGAUACUGCGACAACGGUUACUCAGAGAACCGCGACAAGUCGGGAAGACAUCACCGGGAUGAACCAACGCGGCCCGCAACUACCGCAAGCAGCAAAACCUGGAUCCCCGAUCCCAUCACGAGUACAGUAUAUGCCCGGCCCGAUCUCGGGCUUCGCUCAAGAAGAGAUUCCUCAACUGCAGCCACAACCAACAACGAAGACAAUGAUAGAGCAGGCACGCGAAUAUCUCAUUAAGAUGAUACCAAAACCAGUGUGGCAAUUUAGCAUGUGGUCCGCCGAUCAAAGUAAUGUCUGCCAGCCCGGAGAGGCUAUCGAAAAACCAGCGCAUCCAGCACCGGCCUGGCCUAGAGAGGCCAUUCAGCCUCGACUACCUGGUGAAGAAAUACCACAAGCGCCACAGUACCCCACGGUGCGUGAUGCAGAUCAAAGGUCACAGGCGCUCUUCCCGGGACAGGAGUUGCCUUCAUAUUUACAGACGGCGGCCUUGCGGCAACCUCAG